AUGGUAAUUAAACAAAGAAACCAAAAGUUAGAUAUAAUCACAGGUAUUAGGAACAAUUUAGCUAAGUAUCAAGAGUCUAAAAUAUUUAGAGAAAUUGUUCAGAAUGCUGAAGAUGCUGGUGCAAAUGAAGUCAUCAUUAAAUUAGAUUUAAAUACCUAUGGCUCUGAGAAAUUAUUUUUUAAAGAAGAUGAUGAAUUCUAUAACAACUUAAAGGAUCUACAAGGACCAAGUAUUAUCAUUUAUAACAAUGGUGUAUUUAAAGAUAGUGAUUGGGAAGGUAUUGAAUAUAUCGGUGAAGGAUCAAAAAAGAAAGAUAUGCUUUCAAUUGGUAAUUUUGGAUUGGGAUUCAAUUCAACAUACCAUAUUACUGAUUGCCCUCAAAUUAUAUCUGGAAAAAAGCUUUGGUUUUUAGAUCCACACAAGCUAAUUAAAGAGGGUAUCGAAUGUGCUGACUUUACUGCUGAAAACUAUGAAGAGUAUGAAGACCAGUUUAAACCAUUUGAACAGUUUGGCUGUACAAUGAAGUCGUAUUUCGAAGGUACCAUCAUUCGUUUACCAUUGAGACUAAGAGGAAACAAAAUCAAAGAAAAACCACUGUCUAUUGGGGAUUGUAAAAAAAUUCUUGAAGAAUUUUACAAUGAAAUGUUAGAAAUCCCAAUCUUUCUUAAAGUAAUAUCAUCUAUUACUCUUGAGACAGGCUCUAAUUUUAUUUUUAAGGUUCGAGUUAAAAACCAUGACCAAGUUCAAAAUGAAAGAAAAAAAGUUAGUGAAAAUUUAAAAACAAUUGUAAACAAUGAAAUGAUUGAUAAAACUGACAAUUAUGAAUUCAACACAAUUAUAUCAAAAAAAAAUCAAAAUGAUUUUAAAUCAAUAUAUCAACUUGAAAUGGAAACAUCAUUAAAUAAUAAUGGUGAAAUCAAAACAAAUGAAAUCAGUUUCAUUGUAUCACAAGGUAUAUUGGUUUCAAAUGAACUCAACUCUCUUGUAAUUGACUCAGAGAUCAAAUUAGUAUCUUAUGGAGGUGUUGCAAUUCCAAUUACAAAUAAUAAUGGCACUAUUGAAGUAUAUGAUAAAGAGUUUCAAGGUAAACCAUUCUGCUUUUUACCAAUAGGUAAUCAAAAAAUCAGUUCAAAGGCUCAUGUAUUUGGAUACUAUAUUCUUUCUGAUGCUCGUUCUGAAAUUCAAUACACAAGUCAAUCAAAUCUUGUAUACACUCAAGAGUACAAAAUCAAUAAAUGGAAUCAUUUUAUCUCAGAAUCAGUUGUUCCAUUUUUUUAUAAAGAAGCACUAAAUUACAUGACCAAAUUCAAUAUCGAUCUGGUAUCAUAUUUCCCAUACCACUGUCUUGUAAACAAGUCAAGUAACUCAUCAGCCGAAAUUGACUUUUCAACCAAUACAAUGAAGCAUGUAAUGGAGGGAAAUUAUUUUUUAAAUUAUUUUAAUAGAACGGGGUCGCAAUAUAAUUCUUAUAAUGGCUCGGUUAUUGUUGAAGAAAAUACUAAAUCGUUUGUUUUAGACUAUUUAAGGGAAUCAAAUUAUCAAACAAUACUUUUGAAUAACCUUUUCAUCAGCUAUCUCAAAAAUAAUGGAUUUAAUACAAGUUGUAUAAUUUCUCCAAAGUUACUAUGUUCAUUGUUAUCAAAGAAUCAACUUACUGAAUAUUCUGAAGAUAUUCUAGACUAUAUUUGCUCAUGUGAUUUAGUAGUUACAAAUGGAUUUUUAAACAAUCUACAAAUUCUUCCUAUAAACCAUUCAAACAUUAGAAAAUUGGACUCAUUACAAGAAAAAAAACCCAUCUACUUUUCUAAAUAUGAUUUUAUUAUAGUUUCAAAUAAUAUAUAUCAACUAUUAAAUAACAUUGGUGCAAAUUUAGAUUAUAUUCUUGACAUCUCACUGCUUAGUAAAACAUUUUGUGAAAAGAUAGACCUUAUCAAGAAAUCAUAUCACAAUAUUAAAUCAAUCGAUAUUUAUUCAUUUUUAAAUAAAAUAAAUAUGGUUGCAGAUAGAGAAACCAAUUAUUCAAAAGAAAUUUGGGAGGUUAUUAGAAGUUUAUAUUAUUUUAAUGAUGCUUCAAUAAAUGAAUCAAUAUCAAAAUUACAUAUUUUUCCAUACAAGGAGGGUCAAUUAUCAAAAUUUGGUUUUUCCAAUAUCAAAUAUAUUAACUUUAACCACCCAAGGGUUUUUCCAAAAUCAAACUCAAUAUUUUCUGAAAACAAUAGAAUUAUUUUCGAAAAAUUAAAAAUUAUUUUUGUUGAAAAUGAAAACUGUAUUGUUCAAAUGUUUUUAUCAAAUUAUUGCCAUUCAAAGAGUUUCAUUGAUAAAUUGUAUCUAGAAAUUGGAAAACAUGAUUCAUUCGAGCAAAUACUUUUACCCGAAGAGAUAUCAUCCCUCAGAAAAUACUUGUACAAUUUAGCGAAUCAAAAUGGUUUUACAAAAUGGAGCAACACUAAUAAGAAUUUGUUUUUUUCAAUGCCAAUUCAUGAAUGUAUUGGUAAUUCAAAUAAAAAAUUCACAUUCAUUUCAAACCAAUCCACAUGCAUUAAGUUUUCAGAUAUUAGAGAUUAUGAAAUCAAUGGCAAAGAAGUUGUUUUAAUAAAUAGCAAUGAAUAUGAUGGUAUUCCAUUACCAACUAAUUCAAUUUAUAAAAAUGACUUUUUGGUUUAUUUAAACUAUCUUUUACCAAACCUGCAAUAUUUUUCAGAAGAAAAAUCCAUUCAAGUUAUUAAAACAUUUGGAAACAAAUACUUAUAUAGGUCAAGUUAUGGAACAUAUAAUAAUUCCGGAGUAAUAUAUACACCAGAGUCCGAUGUUAUCUACUCAAAUGAACUUUAUAAAUCAAAUUGGAUAUUAACAUCGAGUAGUCGAUAUAUUAAUUUAAAAAACGUGUACCAUCUUUCAAAAAAAGAUAUUGAAAUAUAUGAAAUUAUCAAACCAGAACUUGUAAUCCAUAAAGAGAUAUACUUUAUUUCAGACAUUUUAUUAAAACUACAAUUAAUUAAUGAUAUUACUUUUAGCCAAACUAUCGAUUCAAUUAUAGAAUUCCUCCAAAGUAACUCUUGUGAUCAAAAACUUUUCGAUUUAUUGAUAAAAUACUUUAAUCAAAUUGAUCCAUUCAAAGCAAACGGUAUGUUAGAUAAAAUCAAAAAUAUUAAUUUCAUUCCAAGCUCUAUUGUAGAAACGUAUCCAGGUUUUGAACCAAAUACACCAACCAUUUCACUCUCAGAAGUUACUAUUUUAGAACAUAAAGAUAUCAAGUUUUCAAUAAAAUAUCCAAUCAAAUUUGAAAAUAAAUCAAACAUUUACAAUUAUUUAAAAGAUGACAGCCAAUCAGUUUUCGAUCAUUGGUAUACAUUAUUAAUAAAAAAACCUUUUCCAAAGGAUUUAAAUUUAGAUAUAGUUUUCAAAUCAAUUUAUAAAUUUGUUUCAAAAAUUAAAGAAUUGUCACCACAACAAGAGCAAGUAUUAAAACAAAUUAAAGAAUAUGGUAUAUUAUGGCACAUAGAUCAAUUUAUCAAUAUUGAAAAAUUGUACUACAAAGGUGAAAAUGUAGUUUUCUCUCCAUUUUAUUACAAAGUUGAUCAAUUAGCUUUUCCAAUUUUUAAAGAAAUAAUAAAGGAAAAUUUAUACUUAGAAGAUUAUUACAAUAUAAUUUCAGAAAUUCAAAAGCAAGAAAUAAAUCAAGAUUUAAUUCAAAUGUAUUGUUAUUGCUUAAGGUUAAUUUCAAAUUUCAAUAGUGAGGACAUAAACAAAGAUAGAAUUAAGCUUUUACCAACUAUAGAAAACCAAUUAAUUGAGUUUGAUAAAGUUGUAUUCUCUGAAACUGCUAUUCCAGAAAGUAUGGAUUAUCAUCAAUUAAAUAAACUUAUUGACCUAUUAACAGUAGAGAAAUUAAAAAUAUCAAAACUAUCGCAAAUUAUACAAGAAGAGGUUGCAUGUUCUUUUGGUCAAAAUGAAGAAUUGGUUCCACGAUUACAAGGCCUUAUUAAAGAUUAUGGAGUACAAAGUUUUUUCAAUGAAAUGAUUCAAAAUGCCAGUGAUGCCAAUGCAUCUGAAGUUAAAAUAUUUAUGGAUCAAAAUAGUUAUAAAAGUGAAUAUAUAAAAAAAGAAGAUGUUCCAGAUAUUGAAAAUUAUCUUUCCAAUUCUUUAGUUAUUUAUAAUAACUCAAUAUUUACAGAUCAAGAUAUUGAAAAUGUUCAAAGAAUUAGUUCAUCAUACAAAAAACAAGAUGAAUCAAAAAUUGGUUUCAAUGGUUUAGGUAUUAACUCAGCAUACAACUUUUCUAAUGUUAUUACAAUUUUAUCUGGAAAGUAUUUAAUGAUAUUAGAUCCAUUGGUUAGCCAUAUUCCAGAGUCAAUUAAAAAAGCAACAGGUGCCAAACUUGAAAUUAAAAAACACUUUAAUGUAAAAAAAGAUUAUUUCAAACCAUUUUUAAUAUACAAAAAACUAUUCAAUAUUGAUUUCGAUCAAGGAGAAUUUAAAGGAACCAUUAUUAGAUUACCAUUAAAAAAAAAUCUAUAUAAACAUAGGAGUAUUAAAAAUGUAGAGUUUAAUACUCAAAGUAUUUUAGAACUCUUUUCAAAUUUUAAUCAGAACAAACCUCACAAUUGUAUGCUUUUCACAAAAAUUAAUGAAAUUGAAAUCGGCUUUUUAACAAAUAAAUAUGAAUCAUUAUAUAAAACAACUAAACUAUCGGUAAAGAGUCUCAUACAAAGAGAAACACAUAAAUUAUUAGAUUGUAUUCCAAUGGAUAUAACAGAACAUACUUAUGAAGUAAUAAAUAAAACACAAAAGGAAACAAAGAUAUUCAUAAUUGGUUCAACAACUGUAUUUGAAAACAAUGAAGAGUUUUUAAAUAAUUUACCAAAAGACAAUAAAAUAAGAAAGUUCCUCACAAUGUAUACCGAAGAAAAGAGAAAACCUUACGGUGGUAUUGCAUUUGAAAUAUCGGAUGUAAAUGGAUCUUAUAUAAAACAAAAAUCAAAAUCAUUUUGUUACCUUCCAUUCGAAGAUAUUGACCUACCAAUCCAUGUUAAUGGUUUCUUUUCAAUGACAACAGCAAGAGAUAUAUUGGAAAAAGAAAGAGCUAUGAAUUAUCAAAUGAAUGAAGAUCCAUUGGAAAAAGUCGUCAGUAAAACUACACAAAGUCUAGAGUCAUUCUCUAUUUACUGGAACAACUUAUUAAUUGAAGAACUUAUUACUCCAAUCUUUAUCAAAACAUUAUUAUUAUACAAAGAAGAUUAUAUUUUAGGUAGAGAAUACCCAGAUAAAAAUACAUACAUGAAGUUAACCAAAAAAUAUUAUGAAAUUUUCCCAAAAAAUCAAACAUAUAGUAGUACAAUCUUCCAAAAGUUUAUCCAUAAGUUCUAUCAAAUUUCAAUUGAACACCAAUUUGACUAUUUUAUUCCUCAUCCUAAUUAUUGUUCAAGAAAAAGUCCAAUUAAAUUUUUAUUAUUAAUUGAUAGUGAUCAAAAACUAUCAAUGUCUACAUUAAAAUGUUUUUCAAAUUAUGGCGAUAUAUAUUUUAUUCCAGAAGAACUCUGUGAACAACUAAAAUUGGAACAAAAUAUAAUGGAGCCACAGUUAUUAUCAAAAAUAAUACAAAACAAAACAUUAGACAAAGAUAUUUUAAAUAAUAAUACCAGUUUAAUUGAAAUCAUUGAAUAUUUAGGUCCAGAGCUAUCAAAUGGUUGCCAACUUUUAAAAUUAAACAAUGGUACUUUCGACUUUGUUAAUAGAAAAACAACUUUAAAGUUUAACCAAGAAUAUUAUAACUUAGUCAAAGACAACGUAAAGAUCUCUAAAGAUGAAUUAUUUUUAGAUAAAGAAUUUUCAGAAAUGGCUUUCGAUAACAAAACCAAUCCAACUUCAUGCCCAGGAGUUACCAAAUUAAAGCCAAUCGAAUUCUUUUUCGAAAUUAUUUUCCCAAAUUAUGAAAGUUUUACUUUAGAAGAAAAUAUUUCAAUUUUAAACUUUUUAAAGAAAUCUUUUUUCAAAAAUGACAAAUUUACACAAAAAUUGGAAGAAGAUCAAUAUGAUAAAUUUAAAAAAUAUAAAUUAAUUCCAUGCAAUUUUAAAGAUAUUCCCCAACUUCGAUCAAUUUCAGAAUUAUACAGCUUUCAAUUUAAAGGAAUCUUCGAUUUACCUUUUCCAUUAAAUUGCUUCAAUUCCAAAGAAUGGAAUAGUGUAUUUGAAAAUUUUGGUAUCAAAAACUAUCUAGAUAAAGAAAGUAUUGAAAGAGAAUUCAAGAGAUUGUCAAAAGACUUUUAUUUAAAAAAUUCAAAUGAUUCCCAAUCAGAAAAAAAAUUAGUAGAAAGAUCAAAAAUGUUAUGGACUCUUUUAAAAUCUAACAUAGAUUUAAUAGAAUCAUAUAACGAAAUUUGUGAUAACAUAAAAGAACUUAAUAUCAUCCCUACUUCAUCUUUAAAUUUAAUUGAUGCCAAACCAAAUCCACCUCUUUUGGGAAGAAUAAAGAAAUGUUUUUUUAACCAAAAAUAUAAAAAUCUUCUCUUUACAAUUAAAUAUCAAUGUUCAGAACCAAUCGAUAUCCCAGAUAAUGAUAAUUAUAUACAAAUAACAAAUGAAAUGGUUUUUAAAAAUUUAUUCAAAAUACUUCAAGGUCAAAACAAUUGGAGAAAUAAUAAUCAUAUAUUUGAUAAUAGACUAUUCAACCUCUUAAAAGAAAAUUGUCAAUAUUUAGAAAAUCAGUUGAUACGUGGUUAUCAAAUUAAAAAUAUCAAUGAGUACCAAAUUGAAAGAUUACCAAUUCAAAAUUCAAAUUUAUCAAUAGAAUUCGAAAAUAUUAUUUUUGAAAAUAAUUUUGAACUAGAACCAUUCUUUAAACCAUUACCAAAUUUUUAUUCAACCUUCCAUAAUUUAUUCACAUUAUUGGGUGUAAAAACAAUUAAUAAUAAGCAAACAAUAGUCAAUAGAUUAGAACAAUUCCUCCACCAUGACAUUACAAACGAAAUUCAAUCAUUUAAAAAAAUAUUGGGAAUUUUGUCGCCAUUAUAUGAUCAAACAGAUAAAACAGUUCCAAUUUUAACAAAUAUAAAUUUUUUAAAACCAUUAUCAGAAGUAUUUUAUAUUGAUAAUCAAAUGAUCUUUGAUAGAAUAAAUAUUGCAGGUAGACUAUGGGUUGCAAGUGAAAUAUACAAUAAUUUCGAUGCCUGGGGAAUUCCUAAACUAUCAACUCUAGUAAACGAAGAAAUUAAUAAAGAAACUUCAAAAUUCAAUCAAAAUUUUGAAUCAUCAGAAUUCAAUAUAUUCAAUUCUGGAUUUUUAACAGAUCCCGAACUUGUUUCAUUAAUUUCAAAUCAUCCAAAUAAAAUGAAAUUACAAAAUAUCACUAUCAACUUUGGAUCUAUAAUCUUAAAAACAAUUUUAAAAACAGAUAACUCCAAUAUUUCAAAUAAUAAGAAAACAAAAUAUUUCUAUGACCCUGGUACAAAUAUCUUAUACAUUGAUGAAGCCAACAAUCAACUAUAUUCUAUUUUAGAAGAAAUUUAUAGGAUCCAAAAAAAUUCAUUAUGCAGUAUCUUUAAUAGAAUUUUAGCAGAAGGAAAUAAAGACGAAACAAAAAAGAAAAAUGAAACUUUUGAAAAAAUAUUAAAAACAAACAUAUUAAAUGUUUCAGAAAAAGAUAAAAAAAAAAUAAAUCAAAAAUCACUAUUAUUUUUUCAAAUAGCUUUAAAAAAGAAUCAGAUAGCAACAAAAAUGUACCAAAGCCAAGAUUAUGACGAAGUUUUUAAAUACUGUAACAAAUCUAUUUCAUUUUCAGUUAAAAGUAUUUUAGAAUAUCAAGAUAUUCCAUAUAGUUCAAUUUCUAAAACUAAUAGAUUAAAAGGGUUAACAAACAGUCUAAACUCACUAAGAGAGCUUACACUAUUUGAAACCGAUUUGAAUCAAUUCAAAACAUCAUUAUGCAGAGUCUCUAAUCAAGUAAACUCUUCUCAAAUAUUAGAUUUAUCAAACAAUUAUUUAAAAGAAGCAGAAAAAAUAAUCAAUAAUUAACAAAAUAUUAUCAAUAAAAUAUAAAACUUUUUUUAAUUAAUUUUUUUGAAGUU